UGUCAAAGUUAUCUGAUGUACAUUGUCAUCCAGUGAAAUUUCAUCUUUCGGGCUUGCGUCCAGGCAAAAACAAAGAGGGAGUGUCCCACGAAGCAGGAUCAGAGUUAUCUAGACAACUGCACUGAGUGAAACAUGAAGCAACACUUUUUACAAGAGUCUGUGCAAGAUAUUAGGAGAAUUCCCUGGUUUAUCCUUAAUAUAUAUAUAUAUAUAUUAUAUAUUAUAUAUCCUUAAUGUCCCUGUGUCAAGGAGCAAGGUCAGCACACUCAGAGUUCCUGAGGAAGUUUGCUAGUCACAAAACCUGACCAGGCCAGUUCCGUUUCUCCAGUCCCGAACGGGUAUUUCUUAGAUUGAAUUGUUAGCUCUUAUUUAGAUGCCAUUACUACUAUUACUAUUAGUCUUCUUGCUCAGGCACUUGGUGUUUGUCUUCAGCAGCCAAGUGUAUGAAACAUGGAGAGGUCUCGUAUCACUUUUUCACAGCUGUUGACCAAAAGUUUACGAUGCGUACAUUUUGAGAAUAUAAACCACAUUUUCCAAUGAAAAGCAAUAACGCCACUGAAAGCGGAGAUGAUGACACUAACCCAUGGGCUAAAUGAUUGACAUCAUCAUUAGCCUAGACAGACGUAGUGAAUAGUCCUUUAAUUAGAGACUAUAUACUGUCUGCAUUGGAAUUAUACAAAUGGUUCCUAUAGUCUGUAGUUAAAGCCUGAGUGGGACAAAAGGCUAUAACUUUCUGACAGGGUACUGCUGUAACACCUGUUUACAACCCAUUAUCCAUUACAUAACUGUCCCCAGAUCAGGUCAAAUGUGCAAUGUAAUUUACGAUAAUUUACGAGCACCCUGGUGAGAAAGGGAGAGAAAAACCCUUCAGUUUGAAGUUAUUCCGCUAACCACUAUAUUUGACUUUGUGAUAUAGGGCUACGGUACUUCAUGUUUUCAUAUUGUUAAUCUUUUCUUCUUCUCUGAAACUCAAAAUGGCAGACAAGAAAAAGGCAAUCAAUGUGGCAAUUCCCAAAAAAGAAAAGACAGUGAGGCCUCCAGCAUCCCCUGAGAAAGUUGUAGGGGCCCCAGUUCUUAAGAAAGAGAAGAAGUCAAAACUGAAAGAUGUUGCUGUGGAAUCUAACGGGAUGGUCGACCCUGAAGAUGAGAACCUCAGUUUGGAGGCUUCCGGAACGAAAGAACGCGUGACCAAAAACCUUGGACGUAAACUCAAGUCAGCACUCAAGGAACAGCUGAGGAUAAUUCAUGAGAAGAUUGAAGCAAAAAAGAUUGCUAAGAUGGCACUGGCUGAAGUGCGUACCGUACUGGCCGAGGAAGAAGAGGAAAGGCAGGCAGCUCGAGCCCUGGAGCUGAAGAGACAGGAAGCUGCUCAGAGAGAGAAGGAAGAGGCAGAAGCCAAGCUUAAAGAAAAAAAGGAGAUGAAGGAAAGAGAGGAACGAGAGAAGGAAGCAUCGAUAAAGGAUGAGAGGAAAAUAACAGAGGAAGCAGAGAAGGAGAAGGCAGCAAGGGAUAAGGUAGCCAAGGAGCAGGCAGAAAAAGAGAGGGAUGAAAAGGAAAAGAUAGAAAGGGAAAGACUUGCCAAGGAGGGUGCAGAAAAAGAGAGAGCAGAGAAAGAAGGGCUAGCAAAAGAAAAGGCUGAGAAAGAGAGACUAGCCAAAGAAAAAGAGGAAAAGCAAAGAGCAGAGGAAGAAAAACUAGUCAAGGAGAAAGCUGAGAAAGAGCGGCUAGCUAAAGAGCAAGCAGAGAAAGAACGACUUGCAAAAGAGAAGGGAGAGAGGGAAAGACUGGCUAAAGAGCAGGCAGAGAAAGAGAGGCUAGUUAAGGAGAAAGCUGAAAAGGAGCGGCUAGCUAAAGAGCAGGCAGAGAAAGAGAGACUAGCCAAAGAGAAAGCGGAGAAGGAGAGACAAGCAAAAGAGCAGGCAGAGAAAGAGAAACUAGCUAAGGAGAAAGCUGAAAAGGAGCGGUUAGCUAAAGAGCAGGCAGAGAAAGAGAGACUAGCCAAAGAGAAAGCGGAGAAGGAGAGACAAGCAAAAGAGCAGGCAGAGAAAGAGAGGCUAGCGAAGGAAAAAAUUGAAAAAGAGCGCCUAGCUAAAGAGCAGGCAGAGAAAGAGAGACUAGCCAAAGAUAAACCAGAGAAAGAGAGUCUAGCUAAAGAGCAGGCAGAGAAAGAGAGACUAGCCAAAGAUAAACCAGAGAAAGAGAUGCAGAGGGGCGAGAUCCAGCACUUCAGAAGCCACCUGACCUGA